AUGAAGAAGCGGUUUUCAACUUUGGAUGUAUUCGCGGCGGUUCACGACUUGAAGGAGCUGACUGGUCAACGUGUUGCCAAUGUGUAUGAUGUGGAUUCUAAAACAUAUCUUAUACGGAUUCAAAAACCAGGUGAAAAGUGUUUCAUCAUGUUGGAAUCCGGAUGCAGAAUUCAUAAAACCACAUUUGAUUGGUCCAAAGCGCAGUUUCCUUCAUCUUUUACUAUGAAACUUCGAAAGCACAUCAGGCAUAAACGAUUGGAAUGCGUUACACAGCUUGGUGUUGAUCGAAUUAUCGAUAUGCAGUUCGGCUCCGAUGAACAUGCAUGCCAUGUGAUUGCUGAGUUGUAUGACAGAGGCAACGUGUUGUUAACGGACUACAAUUAUACUAUACUUAACGUGUUGCGGCCGAGAACUGAUAAGGAAACAGACACACGUUUUUCUGUUCAAGAACGAUAUCCACUUGAAGCCGUACGACAAGAUAUUAGUUGCCCAACCAAAGAUGAAUUGAUGGAAAGAAUCAAAAAAGCCAAAAAGGGUGAUUCAGUAAAACGGUUUCUUGCUCCCCUUACUCAGUAUGGUCCUACUUUAAUUGAACAUUCGUUAAGAAUCGCUGGUGUUGCUCAAAAUGCUCAGAUUGGUGUAAACAUCGACAUGGAGGAAAGUGGUGCUGCAAAACUACUCGAAUCCCUUCAGUUAGCUGAUCAGAUUUUCAAUUCAGUUAGGUGUAAUGCAGCUCAAGGAUUUUUGAUAUAUAAAGAGGAUUUGAGGACGGAUGGCGUUAUUGUCGAAACAUAUCAGGAAUUCCAUCCAUUCAUGUUUUCACAGUUUAGCGAAAUGCGAACGAAGCAUUUUGAUUCAUUCUCAGAGUGCGUCGAUGAAUUCUUCUCCAAGCUGGAGUUGCAAAAAGCUGAUGUGAAAGCGCUAAAUGCAGAAAGGGAAGCAAUGAAGAAACUAAACAAUGUCAUAAAGGACCAGCAGGAUAGAAUAGCAGCUUUAAAAGUGGCGCAAGUGGAAAGGGAAGAAAUGGCUGAAUUGAUUGAACUAAACAGUGAUUUGGUGGAUAAAGCUCUGCUAGUUAUUCGAUCAGCUAUCGCCAACCAACUUAGUUGGAAAGCCAUUGAUGAAAUGCGGGUAAGUGCCUGUGAAGCUGGCAAUCCAAUCGCUGCUUCUAUCGUUGGAUUAAAUUUAAAUUCAAAUGAAAUGACACUGCUGCUCAGGGAUCCAUAUCGUCCAGAAAUUGAUGCUAAAAAGGUGACUAUUGAUAUUGCUUUAUCAUCCUAUCAGAACGCUAGGAAACUCCACGCGGAAAAAAAAGCUGCAGAACAAAAACAACAGAAAACAAUUUCUGCUUCAUCGAAGGCGUUGAAAUCAGCAAAAAUAAAAACAAAGGAAACGCUGAAAGUGGUUCAUAUAAAAGCUGAAGUUAUGAAAAGGCGGCGCGUAAUGUGGUUUGAGAAAUUUCUCUGGUUUGUGAGCUCCGAAAAUUAUUUGGUAAUUGGUGGUCGCGAUGCACAACAGAAUGAGCUGCUCGUGAAGAGGUAUCUUCGACCAGGUGAUAUUUAUAUGCAUGCAGAUACGCGGGGUGCAUCAUCCAUUAUCAUACGCAAUAAAUUGAGUGGUGGUGAUAUACCACCCCGAACUUUAAAUGAAGCUGCUGUUAUGGCCGUUUGUUAUUCUUCCGCCUGGGAAGCGAAAGUAACGACCUCAGCGUGGUGGGUUCAUCAGCAUCAGGUUUCAAGGACAGCUCCAACAGGUGAAUAUUUAACACCGGGUAGCUUUAUGAUACGUGGUAAGAAGAAUUAUCUGCCAACAUGUCAAUUGCAAAUGGGAUUUGGUGUAAUGUUUCAAUUGGAUGAGGAAUCAGUGGAAAGGCAUGCAGAAGAAAGAAAAAUUGCUCUUGCGGUGACAGCAGAGGGCAGUAUUGUGAACCAAGAUGAUAAUAAAGAUGGCGAGAUUUCCUUAAGUAAAAGUGAAAAAGAAAAGAAUUCUGAUACGCAAACUGACGAUUUUCCUGAUGUUCAGGUUAACCUGCAAGGUAUCAUUGGUAAGGGAAAUAAUGCAGGUGAGGAUGACAGUUGCACCAUCAUUCAAAUUGGUCCGCCAGUACAAAGAAAAUCUGCUAUCAGAACGGUUAAUGAUAUGCGAGACAGUGACAAAGCGCAGAAGAUAAAUGAAAUGAAAGAAAAUGACAAGAUACGUCCUAUGACUCAUCGGCAGAAACAUAAAGCGGAGAAAAUCAAGAAAAAAUAUGGGAAUCAAGAUGAGGAAGAGCGCCAGUUGAGGUUAAUGUUGCUGGCAUCAAAGCCGAAGGAUGCGGAAAAUUUUGAAAGAAAAAAAAUAAAUGAAAAGCUUUUGGAGAAAAUGAAAAAGAAUGUCCAAGAGAACAGAAGGCCAAGUCAGUUUGAACACGAGAGGGAUAAAUUGGCGGUUGAGGAGAAAACUGAAUCUUCAACAAGACUUGACGAAGAGGAAGAUGAUGAAUUGCUGAAAGCAGACGUGGCAGUGAUGGAUGCCGAAGAAACGAAAAUGUUAAAUUCGUUGACAUGGCGGCCGCUGGAUGGGGAUAUUUUUCAAUUUGCUUUGGUGGUUGUGGCACCAUACCAAACAAUGCACAAUUUCAAAUAUAAAGUGAAAUUGACUCCAGGAACCGGAAAACGUGGAAAAGCGGCUAAAAGUGCAAUAGCGUUGUUCCAGCGUGAUAAAUCGGCGAAUGCACAAGAACUAAAUCUGCUGAAAGUGCUGGCAACAGAUGACCAAAUUUCACGAAAUAUUCCCGGGAAAGUUAGAGUUUGGGCACCACAACUGAACAGAAAUUAG